UCAUCUUCUCCGACGUCCGUCUUAAUUGCUCCGAUGAGUGACCUCUGCCCUCUGACCGAUGAUCUUAUUACGGAGAUCCUAAUCCGGCUGCCGGUCCGAUCGCAACUCCGGUCUGCGGCGGUGUGCAAGCUAUGGUAUGAGAUCAUAAAAAGCUCCUACUUCACGAACAGCCAUUUCCGCCAUGAAAGCAACGAGAACCGCCUCCUCGUCUACCGGUGCCACUUCAUGCCGACGAAGAAACCGGCGAAUCACGACGACAACACCUUCGCGAUAUUUCAGGACGAUUCAUUGAACAGCUACGAUACUCCCGGACAAUGCCACGUCCCUCACGUUGUCUGGUCGUUAACCGGUCCCUGCAAGGGCGUGUUCUGCGUCCGCAGCGUCAAUUCCCAGGUGGCGCUGUGGAACAUAGCCACCAGACGGAUACGGCCGCUCCCGGACACAAAUCCGAGGUUCUUUCAAAGAAUCGAGGUCGGAUUCGGAGCCGAUCCCGUCACGGACGAGUUUAAGGUUGUCUUGAUCCACUGCCAUGACCCCUACGAUCUGCCGAUGUUCGCCGUGUACACGUCGCGGGCCGAUUCCUGGAGGUGCUUCCGCGACGAGACGGCGCUGGGCCGCGACGACGGGAUAAGGCAGGCGAGGCACGGGAGCACUUUCUUGAAAGGAUCCUAUUAUUGGUACAAAAGCAAUUUGUACACAGGGAAGCGAGCCGUUCUUGCAAUGGAUAUGCACAGUGAGGAUUUCGAGGAAAUAGAGGUUCCUGAGAGUGUAAGAAUGGGAGUGAUUGAUCUCCAUUUGUGGAACGAUGAAUACUUGGGAUUGUCGAGCUGCAGCAAUGGAGACGAGGAGGACAGUUUUGUUGAGAUAUGGGUUAUGAAGGAGAAAGGGGUUUGGACAAAAAUGAGCAGCCUCAGCCUGGAUUCGAGGCUUCAGAACGUGCUUGGAUUUUGGAAAGGGAGUGGUUUCUUUGCAUCGUUGGGGUGGGAGUUGGUGCUGUGCGAUAUGGAUUCACAUGCUGCAAUUAGGAAUCUUGAAAUUCCCAAGAAAGGGGGUGGUUAUGAUUUGCUCUGGCCAUUUUCUUACAAGGAGAGUCUUUUUUCUGUUAGCGAAGGAUACGAUGGUUUCGAGGAUUACGACAUUCAAUCUGCAGAAUCCCAUUCUUUUUUCGUCAAGAAACCACGAUAUCUAUAUGAGUAAGUGGAUUAGGUUAGAGAUUGUUGAGCGGACGGAUUUGGGCCGUUGAGACAAUCAAUUGGUGGUAUUUGGGGUCCAUGUCCAUGGCCCAGAGAAUCUGUUGAUCAUCAUCUUUGUUCAUUGUAUCAAAAAUGUUUUGUGUCCAAUCCCAGCUGUCUGUCUUUUUCAGUUUGCCAAAUGAAUAAAACUAGCUACCAGCUGAGCAUU